ACAAGGAAACACAUUCAGAUCAACAAAAAACGAUUGGAACAACACUGUUUCUGCUAUGGUUAAACUGUAUUUGAUUGGUUUAUUUAUGUUUUAUUUCGCAUCAACAAUUCGCUCAGCAUUGGCUGAAAACACAGACGCCAAUUUUGGCUAUAAUCCAAUCGAAACACAGCGCGCAGAAUGCACUCUCAUUUCGGGAGAUGUUCGGGCUAGUGCGGAGGCGAGUGUUUCACGAAAACUUGAAGGAUUCUGCGGAACAGAACACUUAAGUCGUGCAUUUGGCAAUUUGGAGUAUCGAUUGCUAACUGAAAUAAAUCACCUGAGAAGCAUGAUAAAUCUAUUACUGCCACCACUGUAUCAGCAGCAUUAUUUCGCUCAGCCACAGCCCCACCUCUAUCAGCCAUUGCCAUCGCCGUCAACGAACUCAACGAAUGUUGUAAAGUCAACGCAAUUUUCGCCAUCUGAGAAGAGUUCGAAAGUAUCGGAAAUCGGUUCACAUCAAUCGAAUGAAAUUCAAAAUGAAAGCCCAUUUGCUGUGGGAACGUCGGCACCGUCCACUGAUGCUCCGAACCAAAAAGAGGCGACCACAAUUCAAGAAUCGACAGAAGUAACCGUUUUACCAACCGAAAGGCAACUAGAAUUCAAGCCAGUACAGAAGAAACCGCAUGACAGAAGCAAAUCCAAUCAAAAAACUAAAACCGGACCGCGUGAAUUUGAAAUAAAUAAAUUGAAUAAUACAAUUCAGCUCGGGGCCGAUCUACAGAUUUUCACGUACUAUUGGAAAAUUGAGCAUUUUUCGGAGAAAUUGAAAUCAAACAUAUCAACCAUAAGCAGUCCGAUAUUCUCGAUUUCCGGUCUUUUCUUACGCGUUACAGCCACACUGAACCAUUUGAGCCGAGAUUAUUUGUACUUGCAAUUGGAACAAGUGUCAUCUGGAAAGGGUGCGGAUAAAUCAAAUAUCAUCUUGAAAACGGGAGAUUUAUUCAAAAAAAUUCAAACAAAAUUCGAGUUCAAACACAAAAUCGCCAUUCUUGAUCAAGUGACUCCAACAAACGAUUUGAUUUCCCAUGAAUUUGCCAACACAAGUCAAGGAUUUUUAGUGCCCAAUAGUGCCAUUCUCUUGGGCCCUUAUUCAAAAGGUGACAUUCUACUCGUAAAAAUCGUCAUGAAUCUCUGAUUGAGACGUCACCCAACGGCUGAGUGUGUUCAAAUUUUAGUGGCCAAUGAAUGGAAUAAAAUUAGAGUGUUACAUACAAAACACAAUCGAUUCA